AUGGAAGCUCCAGAUGUAGCAUGGAUGGGGCCAUUGGUUCUUGCAGAAGACAUUCAAAGAAGAUUGAAAGGACUAUGGCUAGAUGUCUUAAGGGGAAAUCCUCAGGUCAAGGAUGGACAAGAUCAACCUAUACAGUUGUGGGUGUCGCUUUGGGAUUCGAGAAUAUUGGAAGAAAGGAAGAAAAGACUUGGGGAUCUAGAAGGAGAAGAAGAACAGGAUGUGGAAAGUGAUUCUAGAGAAAAUGAAAUAGUUUCUAAGCUUCAAGUACUAGAAAAAGAAGAUGAACCAGAUGCUCAAGACAAAAUUGUAGCAACACUGAAUAUAGAUUCAAAUGCUAGGCUAGAAGAGCAUACAUCUUUUGUUUCAGAUGAUAAAUUUGUUAAGUCAAAGGAGUUUAAAUCCUUUUUGUAUCAUUUUAAAGGAAAUAAAUUAAGAGAUGCAAUGCCAAAUGUGACACCAGAGAAUGAGGCAAAAAUGUUCAGGAAACUGAAGGCAGAAAUUGAUUCUGAGUUAGAGAACAUGAACCCUGAAAGGGGAAGACAACUUCUUGUAGAGAAUAGUGAAAGAAGAACUAGCAAUGGGGAAAUUACUAGCAACUGGAAUAAUAGCAAUAGGAGCAACAAUGUAAGUAAUAAUAGAGGUAACAAUGGUAAUAAUGAAAAUAAUGGCAAUAAUGGAAGUGGUAAUGGAAAUAAUAGAGCCAACAAUGGUAAUGUAAACAAUGAAAAUGGAAAUAACAAUAAUCAAAAUGGUGGUGGAGGCAAAAAUGGAAACAAUGGUAAUAAUAGAGGAAAUGGAAACUUUCAAAAUAACAACUAUGGUUGCAGACCACCUAUGACCAUUGAAAGGUAUAAACACUUGGAUUUCAAAGGGAUGGUUGGAUAUCCAAAUCAGAUUUCAAGUGAUUUAAGGUCAGCCAUCCCUAAGUUCAAAAGCAAUGGAACUGAUUCUACAGAACAACAUGUAAUAAAUGUAAAAAAUACCAUUGAGGAAUUUGAAGUCCCUAAUGAAGAUGAUUUAUGA